CCCUGACUAUAAGUCACUCCAAGCGUCUCUUGCGUGUCAACCGCGACAUAAACUUCCGAUUAUAAUUACCAUUGACGUUUGCGGGGCUUCAUAAGUUCAUGCUACGAUUGUAAGAGCGAGCGCAGAUUACAUCCAGGGACCGGUAUCCCUAUCUCUUUGCUAAGCAUGCCUCGAAAGUACCUCGGAGGGUCUGGUGAGAGGCUCACAGUAUGGAUUUCGGUCGCAGCCUCGACUGUUUUGAUCUUCUAUGGAUAUGAUCAGGGCGUGUUCGGAAAUGUAAUCAUUGACGAGAACUUCCUCCAUACGUUCGGCUAUCCGUCUGCAAAUAUGCAAGGAGUCAUGACCUCAAUCUACAAUAUUGGCUGCUUCAUUGGUGCUAUGAGCACAGUAUGGACUGGUGACGUACUCGGCCGUCCCCGUCAGAUCUUGUUUGGUUCUGCUGUCAUUGGAGUCGGUGCAAUUAUACAGGCGUGCAGCUGGACAGUAGCAAGCAUGAUGGUAGGCCGAAUUGUGGCCGGACUUGGAACUGGCAUGAACACCGCGACAGCGGGAGUCUGGCAGGCAGAGACAAGUAAAAUGAGCAGUAGAGGAAAGCUGGUCAUAAUACAAAUGGCGAACUGUAUCACUGGCUUCAGCAUCUCGAAUUGGCUUACCCUCGGUUUCUCGUUUGCUCCACGGGACAUAGCGUGGCGAUUUCCACUCGCCUUUCAACUGUUUUUUACGCUCUGCAUUUUUGCUAUGUGCCCAUUCUUGCCGGACUCGCCUCGACUUCUUAUACGCAAGGGAAAGCACGAAGAGGCCCUCGAGGUGAUUGCUGCAUUGGAGGGCCAUGGCGCAACCCCCGAGUCCCCAGAGGUGAUUAUCCAGUAUAACAUCAUUAAGGAUAUCUUGGACAGAGAGCACAUGAACACAUAUACCUGGUGGCAGUUGUUGAGUGGUAAGGGCCCAAGUGGAGUUUUGCGACGCAUGCUGCUCGGCGCGUGGAUGCAGGCUAUGAAUCAAAUCUCUGGAAUCAAUGUCACAAGUUACUACAUGAGCUACAUCUUUAUCAACUCUUUGGGCAUAUCGGAGCUCUUGUCAAGGAUAUUGGCUGCCGCGGGAUCAGUGGAUUAUUUAAUCUUUGCUGUACUAGCUUACUUCGUGAUUGAACGUUACGGACGGCGAAAAGUCUUCAUGUGUUCUGCUGCAGCUUGCUCCAUAUGCUGGAUCGCCAUUGCAACAGCUCAAGGUCAAACCGAAGCGGGCGGAGACUCCUAUAAGCUCGGUGUAGUAGCGGUUGCCUUCUUCUUUCUCUUCUUUGCUAGUUUUGGUAUGGGUGCCCUUGGAGUGCCAUGGCUAUACCCUACUGAAAUAAAUGCACUUGAGAUGCGAACAAAGGGCGCAUCAUUGGCAAUGAGUACAAACUGGAUCUGCAAUUAUGCUGUUGUUCAAGCUACGCUGCCUGGCAUCGAGAGCCUUGGCUACAAGUUCUGGGUCAUAUGGGCAGUCAUCUGCUUUUCCUUUAUUCCGAUCACAUAUUUCCUUUACCCGGAAACAGCAAACAGGUCUCUAGAGGACAUUGACCGCUUUUUUGAGACCAAACCUGGAUUCUUCAUCCACAAGAAUCGACUAGCAGUACAGUUGCACCGACCGGCCGAGUUCAUCGAAGCGGAUGCACGCAUUGCAAGAGGCGAAGCUGGAAUCCUUGACGAAAAAGAUAAGAACGACACCAGCACUGACCGUAUUGAGAUGAAGGAAUCUGUGUAGUUUAACAUGCCCCCUCUUCACGGAAGUCACCUCGUCCAAGUGGAUUAGAGCAACAUCAGAUUGAUAGCUGUGCACGUAAAGUCCGGCCGUUCAUAUGGCUGGGCAUUGCUAGUGCGCUUUGCCUGUACGCUGGCUAGACUGUGUGUACAGGACGCCUGGAUAGACGUAGAGAUAAAUCAUCCUCUUCUUCAGUAACGUGUAGGCCCCGCCCUCUGCUCAGGUAGAUUUUCAAUCAAUGUGCCGAAAUCAUGCUUACUGUGAAGGCGAGAUUGGUAUCUUGCGCACAGACAUUUCAGCUGUUUCACUUC